CGUGGAUCUGAUUGCGGAGUUCCUGGUUGCGGCCAGAUGUCACUUCCGCGGGGCUAAGCUGCAUUCGGUAAAACCUAUGAGAGAUACAUAAGGGCGCUUUCCCUAUCGAACCAUGUUUCACGCACCACAGCCGCUUCUCUUUCGCAUUCAAGCAAAUCUACUGUGUAAUGGUAGGCUCCUGAUCACUGGUAUCAACACUGGCAAGAGUAUAUCAGGCUCGAUAUGAUGUCAUCCGUUCGACCCCUCAUAUCGAGGCUACCUGCGCGGUCUCUGCUGAGUUCGAAGACAGAUCCACUUGUUCUCGACAAAUAUAAGGCGUCUCCGGUUCGACGCGGGGUAGUAUGCACAGCCGUGGUAGUGUUCCUGACCGGUCAGCUUGCUGCCACGCCUUCUAGCCGCGAGCAUUGCGCAUGUGAAAUCACACUUAGCUUAGGUUGUUCUUUCCUUCGUCAUUGCAAUCAUCAAAUCGUUCCAUGCGAGCAUGUUGCUCUCUCCCGAUAGCGCGCGCAAGCAACAUGCGGCGACCUAUCCCGGCCUUCCACUUCAAGAGAAUCACAUUCGAGUCGUGCGACUGUUGCCUGGCAGAUGGACCGAACCGAUUCGCUGCGAACUGUCGAAUGUCAAUAUCGAAGUCGCGAAAUAUCGGACAUUGUCUUAUGUAUGGGGCUCGCAACAUAUGACACGACCGAUUCGACUUGAUGGCCGACGCUAUCCUGUUACGGUGAAUCUUGAGGGUGCACUGAAACAUUUGCGGGAAGCGUACAAAGACGGGCUCGACCUCUGGGUUGAUGCGUUAUGCAUCAACCAGAAGGAUGGCGAGGAAAGAACUCAUCAAGUUCAGCUGAUGGGUCUUAUCUACAAGAAGUGUGAGGAAUGCAUAGUGUAUCUUGGAGACAGCCUGGACCAUGCCGAUCCCUCUUUGACUGAAACACCACCCAUCCGACACUUUGAAUAUAGGGUUCCCGCACCGUCUGGCAAGAAGAACUCUAGCGGCAGACUAGGCGUCUAUGACAUCUUCUCAUUCUUUCAUGACCUUUCUUUCAAUGAACAUCUUCAUACACAGCCGGUCUUCGAUAAUGACGCAGAGUCAUCGAAGACAGGUUCACAUCACGACCAACCCCAAUCUCGAUCACAGCUAUUCGAAACCUUGAGGAGGUUCACGCAUGCGCCAUUCACACCCUGGUGGACUCGUAUUUGGGUUAUACAAGAAGUGACAACGCCUCCUCAUGUUGUUGUUACAUACGGUACGAUAUCUGCAUCCUGGGACAUAUUUGCCAAAGGCGCAGCCAACUAUACUUAUCAUAGCGCCGCUUGCUGCAAGAAAGUUGUCCAAGGCCUGCCAUCAGAUCAGCAGAAGGUCGUCUCUGACAGCUGCAAGAAGAUCGUGGGGAUAGAACAACUUCGAUGGAGCACGCUUUCUUCAUCCAUCACUCCUACUCACCCAGUAUCGCCUGGGUUGUUGAACUUGUUGACGCAGUUUCGCGAUCGUAAAGCGUCUGAUCCCAGAGACAAAGUGUAUGCUCUCCUCGGUAUGGCUUGGACUCCGCCAGGGAGGACACCAUUGACACCAGACUAUUCGCUGAGCGAAAAAAGCGUCUUUUGUAAAGCUGCGCUAGAGUCUAUCUACACGACGGAAUCACUCUCGAUGUUCAGCACAGAGCUCGGGCGAAAGUUCAGAAACGAUCUGCCUUCGUGGGUUCCGGAUUGGGGAGCGCCAGGAGGAUAUACGUAUACUGCACGCGCAGAAGGCAUUGGUCUAUACAACGCAAAUCGUGACGAGGCUACACCCAUGACAGUCAAGCCGAUGGGAGAAUCUGCCUUGAGAUUACGAGCCGCGAGGAUGAUGUGUGUGGUUGUACUCGGGGAGACCAUGUUGGGGGACGAUGCGGCUUAUACCCGGCAAACACUCCAUGAAUGGUUGUGCCUGUGGAACAGUCAUACGUCGCUAGCAAAGGUUGGAGUGCCGGUGAAAACGCCAGUAGAUGAGCUUUUCGUGAAACUCAUAUGCGCAGGUGCAAUACACCCCACCUAUGCUGGGCUACCAUAUGGUGUACGUACCGUACAAGCGUACGAUGCAAGCACUUUUGAGAGCUGGGCAGCAUACUCGAGAAUUUCUCCUGUUGGGAAAGCAGACGACACAGCCGUGGUCAAUGAUUUAUCCAGGCCUAUGCAACUGUGGAGGCAAUUCAUGUUGUUGUGGCCAAAACAUCCGGUUCUAUACGAUCGCCGCCCGUCGGGUGGCCGCGACCAGUACUUCCCUAAUGGUCUCUACAAUAACACCUUGGAUGGGGUUCAGUUGAUCGCUCGAUUACGUGAGCUUCUCAUCUAUUCUGAUACCGAACUGGAUUUCGAUCUGCUUGACUACUUUCAUGGAUCUCGUCCACGGCCUCUCGCUCCAUGGAAAGACCUGUUUAUCCAAGUCGAGCAGGUACUUCAAAACACAUUCGGUCCCGGCAUCCAUCCAAGUCUGGAUGCGAGAAGGAGUCUCAUCCCAGAUCUUGACAAUUCGAUAAGUAUAGCAACGCUCUCGCGGCGCCUCAUUAUUGGCGAGGACUUCUUGAGGUGGAGCCCUGUCACUGGCAAUCAUUCUUUCGGAUUAGGCCCGGCGGGGACGGUUGAAGGGGACGAAGUAUUCCUUUUGACUGGUGGCAAGACGCCAUUCGUCUUACGUCGGCGUAGUGAUACAGAUGACACAAUUCCAGGACCAAGAUACGAGAUCAUCGGUGAUUGUUACUUGCAAGGGUUGAUGGAUGGGGAGGGAGAAGGGCUUGCGUUGGAUCGUUGGGAAGACAUAACGCUCGUGUGAUAGCUUAAGUAACGCUACGUGUUUCGCAAUG